UGCCAAAAGAAACAGUCAAAGGGGCUUUUUAAAAAUGACACGUAUAUCCCAGACAGCUUCCUUAUAAAAUCAAUAGUAUAACAGGUGAUGAUGCAUUAGGUUUACAUGGAAAGGUUUUGGUAGCAAGGGGGCUGCAGAAUUGCCUUAUGUGAGAAGGUGCCAGAAUCUGCCCCUGUGGUGGUAGUAGUCAGCUCCAGCCAAGUCCAAGACGGCCGUGCCACUGGCUGAAGCUGAGCCCAUUGGUGAUAUUGAUAGUGCCUCUAUGAUUCAGAAACACUGAGCAACAGCAGUUGUGACAGAGUGAUAAUAUGUGAGGGAAAUGCCCUGCAGAGUCCACAGUCAGUGAAAACGGAGGGGAAGGAGGAGCUCCAGGGAGUGGAGCAGAGACUCCCAUGCAGCCUGUGAUGAUCCAUGUUGUCCCUGCGUUGGUGUAGUGGAGCAAGACGUGAGGUAGGGAAAGAAGUGCCAGGAGGGAAGGGGAUGAGCUGAUCUUCUUUGUCAUGUCAGAAAGCAAAGUCAGUUAAUGAAAUAAAAGGCACUCACUCACCCAGGGAGGGAACUGCUUAAUAAGAGAGGCGCUUGCCAAAGGGAAGAGGGAAUCCGUAACGAAGUGCUUUUGCUAGCCUGUCUUUCUUCCAGGGCUACCACAAGGCAAAGUGAGCACAAAAGAGGAAGUGGUUUGUGCAUAAUGGCUACUGCUGCACACAGGCUUAGGGUGUUCCUCCUAGGAACAUCUAGAGUGUGACGUUCUGGACGUGUCAUUCCCUACUUGGUCAAGGAUGGCAAUCAGGCAAUUCUUAGAAAAGCAGCUUGCCAAAGCCAUAACUUGCUCCUCCCAGUUCCUGCAGUUUUGCUGUUGAUAAGCAGUGUCUGGCUCUGCAGGCAAAGUGAAGCCACAGUCUCAAGGCUGGCACAGGUCUAAUACCAAAACACUUGAUUUUGGUGCCUCACUUCUUCAAUGCUCUGGAAAGCCAGCCUUCCUCUGCUCUGGGCCCAGGAUGUGGAUGAGCAAGUGAAGACACUAGAAAUUGCGAUGCAUCCAGUCCUAAAGGCCUUUGUGUGCGGCUCCAUCAGUGGCACUUGUUCCACCCUCCUCUUCCAACCCCUUGACCUGCUGAAAACCCGCCUGCAGACUCUGCAGCCGGCUGUGAAUGGGUCUGGUCGUGCUGGGAUGGUAACGCUGCUCUUUAGGGUUGUUCGUACUGAGAGUAUUCUGGGGCUCUGGAAAGGUGUCUCUGCAUCCUUUGCAAGAUGUAUUCCUGGGGUUGGGAUUUACUUCAGCACUUUGUACAUGAUGAAGCAAAAGUUUCUUGUGGACCGUUCGCCCACAGCCCUGGAGUCUGUCUUUCUGGGUGCCACUGCUCGUGCAGUUUCUGGGAUUUGCAUGUUGCCAGUGACUGUAGUGAAGACCCGAUAUGAGAGUGGAAGAUUUGGCUAUGGGAGUGUGUAUGGAGCCCUGAAGGAUAUCUAUCAGACCGAAGGGGCUCGUGGCAUGUUCAGUGGGCUCACGGCAACGCUGCUGCGGGAUGCACCCUUCUCUGGCAUCUACCUGAUGUUCUACACACAGACCAAAAACCUGACACCUCAAGACCAGCUGGAUCCAGUGCUCGUGCCCUUGCUGAAUUUUGGCUGUGGGAUCUUUGCAGGAAUCUUGGCCUCUCUGGCAACACAGCCUGCUGAUGUCAUCAAAACACACAUGCAGCUGUCCCCCCAAAAGUACCACAGGACUAGCCAGGCCAUUGCCUUUAUCUACAAGGAUUUUGGGCUGAUUGGCUUUUUCCGAGGUGGUGUGCCCCGAGCCCUCAGGCGCACUCUGAUGGCAGCAAUGGCAUGGACGGUGUAUGAACAGAUGAUGGAAAAAAUGGGCUUGAAGUCCUGACUGAGCUGCAUGAGAAAGGACCAGCUUCACUCCUCCUGUUUGCUGUGAUCAACUGGCACUGAGAAGUUCCCAGUUCCACAGAGGAAUAAGCCUUCCUCAGCCAGGAGGAAGAAAAGCCUUCUGACACAGGGGAUUAGGCCUUUUGGCAAGUAGAGGAAAGGAAGGAUUGGAUCUUUGCGUUGUUUGAUCAAUGCAUUCCAGAAGGACUGCACUUGCAGACUGCCAUGGGAAAUGGCAGGGUUUUCACAACCUGGUAACAAUGCUGAGGAGCCUCUUUUAAAAAUAACUCUGUGCUCGCCACCUUAAUGUAAUGAGACAGUAUUAGAGCAAAAGCAUUUGAGGAGAAAACAGUGAUGGCAGAACCUGCCAGUCUGUUUCUUCCUGGCAUGAUCAGAAAGACCACAGUGACCAACAUCUGAUAUAGAUCCUCCUUCCUCACAUGCUUUAUUCUCACAGGGGAACACUAGGCCCUGAUGGGAAACUGGAUCUGUCUUGUGAUGCUUAUGUUGCAGUAGUGGGUGGAAGAGAAAUGAAGUGCAGAGGAAAAGCUACAAAUAUGGUCUUUGCCAUCACUUUUCUACUGUGGGUGAUCCCAGAGAAAGUAACUGGAACCGCCUUGCUGUGUUAUGUGUUAUUAUGUGACUGAGCACCUUAACACUCUUGAAAUAUCCUUCUGCCUCUACAGCAGAGUUUGCACAGGAAUUAAGAAGCAUAAGGCACUUUAGAAUUGAUUGCUACCAAAGUUCUACUUGUUCUCUGAAAAAAAAAAUGCUGCUGGUCUAACUAUAGCAGGAAUAUUCAAGUGGGUUUUGUUGGGGUGUUUUAUGCAGUUGUCAUAGAGACUUACUUGCUUCCUAUUCCUUAUUUGUUAAUCCCUGAUCAACACCCUCAGUAUGAAGUGGUCAUUAGAUGUAGCUUUUAGGGCCAUGGCUCAUAAUGCAUAAAUGUGUAAUGGAAACAGGCACUUCAGGUUUCCCUUAAAACCUUGCUGAAUGCAUGUGGAGUAUGUUUUGGUUUGGAAAGAAAAGAUUGCUAUUUCUGUAAGCUUUCUCCAAAGUUUGAGCCCUAUGGGUUCUUGGCAGUGACCUUUAGUUCCCUUACGGCUCCACACAGACCCUUGACAUUUUCCUGGCUGAUCCUUUUCUCUUAUCCGUGUUUAAGUAUGCCUGAGUUUCAUCCUCUGUGCCUUCUUACUCUUUCCUACUGUGUUACUCAGACCUCACAGUGCGCACCAGGUACAGCCCUCUUCACUUGUGCCUCUAUCGUAGAUUGGGUCCCUCGCAGCUCUGUUAGCAUAGCUAUGAAGCUGGCUUGGAAGUGUGCAUCCUGUUCUGUAGUGUGUCUUGCAGAAAACUUAGCUUUGGCUUUUAUUUUCUUAAGCAUCUAGGGAUAUUGCAAUUCACUUUAGAACCAGAGCACCUGUCUCUAAAUAUGAAGAUAUGACACUGUUGUUCAUAAAUAUUAGAGGGUAUUUGGACAAUCACUGCCUGCCCAGGCAACUUCCCAAGUGCAAGAGCAGAGGGGAUUUGGGUUGAUAAAGGUGUUCUUUACCAGAUUUCGACUCCAAGAAGGCUUGAUGACUGAUGUAAAAGUUGAAUGAAAUGUAAGAGGACAGGCUGGAGGCUUGGAAAUGUGCUGCCUGUUUUCAGAUUCAGCCCAUCUGUUAGGAGAGACUGGUGCUCUGCAGUGCAGAGUCUCCAAGAAUGGUGGUGGAGGGUUCUUUGUGCACAUGUCUACAUGUUAGCAAUAGAGCACAUGUGUCAUAUUGGCAUGCAGAACAUCAUUUGCUAAAUCCUAAAUGUGAACACUUGUUCCUUUCUUUUGCUCUUCCUUCUACCCUUAGUGACCAAAACUUGUGAGAGUGCAUGAAACCACGGUAACUGCACAUCCUGCUUGUUUGCUAUCCUGAGCACUACUGACACAGAAAGCUGGAGAACCAAGUCUAGGAUUGCUGACCUAGUGGAAUAAGGUGGCAAUUAGAUGAGUUAACCUCAUUUGUCCUUUAUUCCCCUAUGUAUGGGAUCAAACCAGCAUUGUGCUGGGAGCCUGAAUUUAUUCGGGGCUUUUUAAAUCUGGCACGUGAGUUAGAUCUGUUGAUCAUCCUGGGCUGUGGUAGCCAAAGGCAGUGUGUGGGGUCAUCUGCAAGGUGCUUCACACAUUUUUUUCCUGAUUUAGCAAUGGCAAAGCAAUGCACAAUCUGUGCAGACAGAAACUUAAGCUCAUUUUUUAGAUGGAGGCAAGCAAAGAAUGCAAGGUAAUCUGGAAUUAAAUAAAGUCCUCAUCAGAAACCUGAAUUUUAGAAACACUUUGGUGGCUUUUAUAUCUCUGUACUACUGCCUGGUCAAGUAACAAAGGAAGAAGUAAAGAAUUUAUUCCCAUGUGCUAAUAUUUUAAGGUCUGCUGUGGGGUUUGUUUGGGUUUUUUUAAAAUAAAUUUGAAAUCAGGCCUAAAGCAGUGUUAGCUUCUUCUUUGGGAAAGUUUUUCUAUUCUGCUUUGGUGCUUUGUUAUUGGAGUAGAGUGAAAAACUUCAUGGUUUUUGGCUUGUCAAUUCACCUGGGUUCCUCUGAGUUCAAGAAACAGAGAAUCUAAACUGCACCAUGUUUCAUCUACCAUUGGUGCUACAAAUCCUAAGGCUUAUCUUCCUGUGAGUUGGAGAGAAUGAAUUCUGUGGUGCAAGUUUGUUGUUUCUCUUUGCCAUUUCUUUUGUUGAGUGUCAUAUAUGGGGGAAAGGAAAGCCUGAAGUUCCGCUUCACUCUGUUCUGAAAGCUUUAUUACAUGGUCAGGCAUAAGACUAUUUCUCAGCUCUGAUCCUUACUGUCCUUCACCCUUUUCCCCUCUUCAAAAACAUUCUGUUUCUGAAGUGAUUUAUUGAAGUUACUCCUUGAUAGCUAUAGCAAGUCAACACAAUCAGGUGUGUGCAUUUGAAGUUUGGAUGUAUUCCCCUUGAGGUUUAAUGCUUCUACUUAAAAACAAAUUGUCAUUGUACAGCCUAAAAGUAAAGUAAAUCAAAUAAAAGAUCUGGACAGAGGUGCUUAAUCACCUACCUUCAUCGUGCCAACAUUUCAACACUAACAAUCUUGUCAGAUAAUCAUUUCCAAAGCCAUCUUAGCUUGGAUUCCAGAGACACUGGUAUGCUCCCUCUGUGCACUUCAGGAUUGCAGUUGGAUCGUGCACUGUCUCUGCUUGCCCCUGUCUGUAGCUGUGGCUAAGAACACAGUUGCCUGGCAUGUUGAGGCCGGCAGUGUUUAAGUGAGUUGUAAGGUCACAGGAGAAAUAGCCUGAUUAUUCAUGCUUUAGAAACUUUGUUUCCACUCUUCCCGUGUGAUCAUUAGUUUGGGGGUUUUUUUUCAGUGUCUUAAACAGAACUGGAGCUUGGGAACAUUGCAUAGCUUUGAGUGUGGUGAGUGUUUCUUUGUCUAUAUAAAAUAUUUAUUUGAAAAGGUGUAUUAUAUGUUUCUAUUAAAAACUGGUUGCUAAAAUGAGGAUGUAA